AUGCGAAAAAAUCGCUUUCCAUGUCCUGAGAAAAAGCCAAAACGAGUCGAAAGGGAAUCAGAAGAAGAACUUCAGAAAUACCAGACAAUGGGAGGUCAUAUUUCCACCAGAUAUCGCCAGAUCGGGAGCUUUGAAGCUGAUUCAGAGAUUGCGAAAUACAAGCAUCCACGAACUGAAAAAAUUGCAACAGCAAAGCCCGAGGCUGUAGUGCUCAAGCGAAGAAGAGCUUUCAGUGAAUGUGAGAAUUCACCAGCUGAGAGGCAGCGUUUGUGCAAGAAACUGAGGGUUAAUCAGUUGUACACUGGAUAUUGCGGACGGAAUUCAUAUAUGGCAGCCUUUUUCAAGCUUCUUGGUGAGUUUAUCAAGAUCAAGUUCACUACACUUUUCGAUAUACUUUUUUAUUUUGUCCUGCAAUUUUUGAUAGUCCCCUUCACAUACAUUACUCAACCAUUUUGUAUAUUUACUAGGUGACAAAUGCAAGAUACUUUAUUAAUUUUUUCGUCAAUAAUACAGAUGAUGAUGUCAUUCAAGAUUUUUUGUGGAUGGACAGUUGUGCAAUAAUAUCAGACAAGGUAAAAUAAAGUGGGGGAGAGGUAGCUUCCUAUUUUAACACAAAUUUCAAAUUCUUAAAUUAUCUUCAACUUUCUUCUUUCAGUAUCUUCUGGCAAUGGUUUACACCUAUUUCAGGAGAGCGGAACUCGCUCGUCGAGAAUUUAACAGAAUGAAUUUCUUCAUAGCUCUGUGAGUAGAUGGUUAUUCAAAAUUAAACAAGCUAUUUACGUUUCCUUUCUACCACUCGCUUUUGAAAGAAGUCUCUUUUUGUAUAGAUACUUAGCAAACGAUAUGGAAGAAGACGAAGAAGAAGAAAAGUACGACAUAUUCCCGUGGGCUUUGGGAAAGAACUGGCGAGAUAUGUACCCUAGCUUCCUUCAAAAGAGGGACAUGUUUUGGCGAAAGAUUGGAUACCGUGCUCUAGUCAGUAGAUUAACUUGUGAUGAGGUAAUUUUCAUCGUAAGGAGCAUAAAAAGACUAUCGCAUAACUAGAUUUAACAUAAAAUUUGAUUAUAAAAAAAGGACUAUGCAAGAGGCGCACUUAUUAUGGAGGUGAAUUUUGUUCAUUGGAAGUCCCCUUCCUCGCAAAGGUGUUUGUCACAAUGAAAGCAGCUGUAAGGUUUCGUGAUACGAAUGCACUCCCUUCACCCGACCUUGUCUUGCAGACUACGACCGGUUUUAAGUUUCAGCAAAAUAGCCUCGCAUUCACGGUUGAGGUUGUUACGUCCAAUAAGGUGCUCUCUAGCCUUUUCCAUAAUAUCUUACUAUUGAUACAUCCAAUUUACUUAAUUUGUUUGUAUUGUAUCAUAUCUUGCAUUUGUAAAAACUCACACGAAACGGAAGAUAAUUACAAAAUACUUUUUUUUCCUUAAGAUCAUGUCUAUAGUGUCCGACCACCCUAUUUGGCAACGUAAAAGACGAAAUCAUCACGGAGGAGCAUGGAGAGAUUACAUGAAGGACACAAGUAACGAGUGUACAAGUCCAAGGGGUCCUGGAACUGCCCCUUUUCAAUGCUCUAAAUGCCAUGACCCAAGCAGCAAGGGGAAUUCACCCAUGGUGACAUCUGACUAUUACAGUUGUUCGUCGCAAUCGUCAUCGGAAGACGAGACUUUCAAUUCAAGUUUCAACAUGCAAGGUACAUGUGGGAACUUGCGAAACUGUGGUUGA